CAAAAAACGAGAGUGACUUUCGGGUUUUGCUCAGGAUGCUCCUGCCUACCGGACCCAGAAUGCUCUGCGCGGGCCAAGAUGGAAGAAGCCAGCUGCAGCAGGAGAACAAUGUUUGGGCUGUAGAUUUAAAAACGGGGCGGCUGAGGGUGAACUAAGCGGACCACAGCAGCGGGUCAUGGUCCUGCACCGGAUGAAUUUCUGUCCCAUAGUCUUCCUGCCCACCAGCCUUCAGCAUGAACAUCAUUCAAGAUAAACUAGGGAAUGAAUUCCUGCGCUCCAACGGCAGCAUGGACUCCAACUUUGGAGCUGGCAUGAUAAUGUUCAGCCACCUCCCUCCGGUGGCCAGCUUCACCCGGCUGUCGGCGCAUUCUGUCAUGCAGGAACUUCCGCCGCAGGACCUGAUCCUGAAGAAAGAGCGGGACUCUCCUGACUGCAGCGUGGGCGGCCACCAAGGGGGCGCUGCUGCGGUUGGAGACUAUGUUCAUGCCAUGGGCAUCAAGCAGGAAAAGCAGUCGGAGCACGAUUACCGCCUGCCGCUCUACCCCGGAGGUCUGGGGCGGAGCGGGGAGGUGCUGGAGGUGACCGUCGGUAACCACCAGAAGCUGCUGGUGUGCGACCUCAACAUUGGCAACCUGUCAAAUCAGUUGGAAAAAGAGGCCACCGGGAGGAAAGGUCGGAGGUCAAACAUUGAUGGACAUGAGGGUAAACCUAGAAAGAAGAGAAGUGAGGCAAAGCAUUCAGUAAUGGAUGCAGACGGUGGCGGUGUGUCUCCAGGAACAAAACCUCACAUCUGUGAACACUGCAGUGCAUCCUUCAGGAGCUCCUAUCAUCUGCGCAGACAUGUCCUCAUCCAUACAGGUGAAAGACCCUUCAGAUGCAGUCAGUGCAACAUGAGUUUCAUUCAGAAGUAUCUUCUCCAGCGGCACGAGAAAAUCCACAGUGGAGAGAAGCCAUUUGGCUGUGACCAGUGCAACAUGCGGUUCAUUCAGAAAUACCACAUGGAGAGACACAAGAGAACGCACAGCGGAGAAAAGCCAUACAGAUGUGAGACCUGCCAGCAGUAUUUUUCUAGAACAGAUCGACUUCUUAAGCACAAGAGAACCUGUGGGGAAGCCAUUAAAAAGGGAUUGGAUCCUGGGAUGAUGGAUCUGGGUUUUGUGGACAUGGGACAGGGCAGCUAUGGAAUUACUCAGGGAAAUGUUGGGAGCACUGGGAGGAAGAAGGGAAAGUCAAAAAGUUCCACAGUGGGAGGCGAGCGUAAGAAGAAGAAGGGAGACCCGAAGGAGUCGCACGUUCACGGAGUUGUAUCUGGAGGUUACAGCAUCUACGAAUACUGUGUGGAGAGUCCCACUGUGUCUUCUUCUACUGAGCCAGGACCCAGCAUGCAACAGGGUCACCAGGAUCAAGGUCCCAAGAUGGCCUUCAAGAAAGCUAACCGGAAGAGCCUGACGAAAGCAGGUCUGGGUCAAGUUAAAGCUGAAAUGUUGGAGCAGGGCGACCUUGGCUUGAUGCAGUGCAACGAGGCUAAGGUAGAAUCCACCAGCAGCAACUACGACGACGCCAUGCAGUUCGUUAAGAAGCGGCGAUAUCUUCAAGCGACAAACAAUGCAAUGCCCUCUGGCGCCGCAGGCGGAGGCGGUAGCGACUACGACGUCAGCGUUCAUUUGUCCUCACAGCCGUCCUCUCUACACAGCGGGAUUCCAGGAGUAAUGGACAGUGACGGUCCUCUGAAUCUGGAGAAGUCGGGGAUCACCGAUGAGGUGCUGCAUAGCCUCCUGGAUCUCUACACCCAGAAACCCGACAUUCAUUUUGAUAUCGGCGACCAACACGUGCAGCUCAGCCCCGCCUCAGCGGACGGAUCCGACGCCAAUGCCCCCAGCCCGUCUGGAGACAAAAGCUCAAUGAUGCAUGAAUACUCCCGCUUCUUGCUGCAGGCUUUGGAGCGCACCAGCCACAGUGCCGGUUUCCCACUGGGCCCCGGACCUCUUCCUUCCUCAGGGCCCUUCACCACUUCCAACGCAGGAAAUCCCCUAUAUGCCGACAAGAACAUCUACAGCACGUCCCAUAUGGAGUGCGGCUUCGUCCAGCCAGUGGCUUUGCCUUUGCUGCCCUCCUCAGUGCCAAAGUCUCACUUUGCGAUGCUGAGCUGCUCGUCCCCGCAGCACAGCUUCAACCUGAGCAGCCUGGAGGCCCCCUCACACCAGCAGCUCACCCCUUCUCAGGAGCUCACCGAACAGAUGGAGAAACAGCACUCCACCACCCCUCCCUCAACCUACCAGAUCAGCCCAUCCGACCUGAGUAACCAGAAGGAGCAUGCGGCGGUCAAGAGCGACUCGGCUGCUGUCUACCCUCUGGUUCCCUCGCAGGAUCUGGCCUCUCUGGACUCCUCAAAGCCUUCCUACCAGAUAGAAAACUUCGCCCAGGCCUUUGGCUCCCAGUUUAAAUCUGAAGUUCAUGGUUUGUCUUACAGCGCUGACUCUGGUGGGGAGGUGGAUCACAGGAUACGGACGCCUGUGUCGGAUUUCUCAGGGUAUAGUUUGUUAUCUGAUGUCAAUGAGCCAGCAAGUACAGGUUCCAAAACACCAACAAGCCAAAGCUACAGAUGAAACCUGGGAGAACAUUCUUCAAUGGUUGUUCUUAUUUUAAUCUUUUCUGCUCCUAUUUUAUUAAUCUUAUUUUUGUGACGUAUAUUUUAUUUACACUGAUGCUCUGUCUUUAUGCCUACUCCUCUUCAUGCAAUAAGCCUGCAAGGUAUCCUGCAAAUGCAAUUUGUUUGAAAGAAUCCGAUAUGUCGAGUUUGCGAUAUACUGUCGAUUGGUGUCAUAGCGGUGCCGGUAGGUCGGGUCUUUAUUUAUGAAAUUCACAGAACCUUUCAAGCAUUUUAUUUUUAGCAGAAGCAGUGGAGCUCACAUCCAAUGAGGUGAUUCAACUUUAAAAUAAGAAAUCAUGGCAGGGAAAUGCCCAGAACUGAAGCGGCAAAAAAGGAAAUAAUAAUAGUAAAACAAAUUGUCAAAGGUGUUACUCAGGAAAACGUGGGAAACUAGAAGCUCACGGAGGACAGGGAGCUCACUUUUCAGAAGUGCAUGUUUGUGAUUUAAAAAAAAAGAAAGAUGUUUUUUACUUUUUAUUUCUUACAUGUUGAAUGAGUGUGACCUAAAAUGGACUGCUGCCAGCUCACUUGAACACUGAAAACACUUUCUACUUGGCUAUAUAGAGAUUAUGGUACUUUUAUGUCAAUGUGAAGCUAGUGUUUUCUUCAACAAUGGCCACACACAUGGAUAUCUAUAUAUAUUUAUAAGAAUAUAUAUAUAUAAUAUGUAAAAUAAGUCUUGUAGGGUUCUGCCAUUUGAAGUAGAGGGAAGAAUAAGUUUGGGGAUGUCUUCUUCAGCCAAUAGAUGUCGCUGUUGGACAGCAGUAGAAUGGCCUUUUUCCCCCCUUUACUGUUCUUGUCAUCUUCCUCCUAUUUAUCUAAAAGUGUGCGAUCAGCACUUUGAGCUGCUUUCUCACAUUGUUUUAAAGUACCUGAUCGAAUCAAGAGCUAACACGAGGAAUUACCCAAGUCUUUGACAGUUGCUGUUGGGGAGUACGCAUGCAGGGGGGUUGGGCUGAUUGUGGGGUGGGACGGCUUGUCGUUUCCGAUGAAGGAUGUGGAGAGUCGAUUGGUUGGAAAUGUCUUCUCUUACUUAUUGGGGAGGGUUUAGCUUAGGCUUGCGGGUGGGCUUUUUAAAGUAACGUAAUAUUUAAUCGGGAUAAUGUAAACGUAAUUACAGCCCCUAGUUUUAGUUGUCUUGAUACCAAUAUUAGCGGCUCUCGCAGAUUUUUAUUAACUUUGAGGAUAAACGAUGUUUAUGAUCUAAUGUUUCUGCAGCCAUGUGCUGAAUUUUAAAAUUUAGAUACUUUGUGCAAACAUUAUCAUCCCUUUUAGUAUAUGGGUGCCUAUUCCCAAAAAGCAAGUGGAAGAAAUGUGUCUAAUAAAUGUCUCUAUGUAGUUUCUUGCUGACAUGUUUGAAUUGCCAACAUUUUGGUAAGGACAACAAUAAUUGUGGAAACUUCCAUAUGACUAGCUGACCUUAACUGCUGGAAAUGAUAUCUCUGUGCUGCUCUGACUGAGUUCUUCAGCCCAUUUGUGCCCCAAUAAUACAGUUCUGGUCAGAAGUUUACAUACACCAUUUUUUUUGGCAGGAUUGUCCUGUCAAUUUUCUCACCGUUCCGAUUUCAAGUCCGAUUUAUGAUAUAAUUUAGGACUCCAUUUCCCAGGGCAAAAUCUAGAGAAACCAAGGUGUUUGAAGUCGUCAACUAGCUUCUGACAUAAUUCUGGAUAUUUGACCAGUGUUCUUAUCAGAAAUAGAUGAAUUGGUUAUCAAACUUGGCUCUAAGCCAUCGUCCAUAAUAUUUUAAGUAGAGUUUAGGUUGGGAGUCAUUCUAGAAGCUUAAUAUUGCUUUGUUUUCUUCUUUUCCAACCAGUUUUGAUCUGCUUUUAGAAUUAUUGUCCCUUUAUGACAAGUUGUGUCCGAAUGUCAACCAUCUCGCCCAAACUUUCACAUUUUAGAUGAAAGGAUAUUUGUAAGGAUGUCUACCAAGGCUUAAGUCUGUAAUAAACCAGUAUCACUGUUUAUAGUAAAGUCAGGUUUUACAUCACCAUGAACUGACCAAGAAAAAAGCACCAGCUUGUUAAAUUAGAGCAAAAUCGAGCUGAAUGACCACAAAUUCAGAAAAUUUGUAUCAAUCCUCCAGACCACUGAGAUCUUCUGGUUCAAGUCUGCUCUGCGUCCCCAGAAUCAAACAUGGAGAUGCGGCGUUCAAUUUUUAUGCUCCUCUAAUCUGGAAUAAAUUUCCAGAAAACUGCAAAACUGCUGAAACACUUAGUUCCUUUAAAUCAUGGCUGAAAACACUCCUGUAUGGAGUUGUCAGUGAUUAAGAAUAACUGGAAAAUAGAUUAAUUCAACUUUUCAUUGCUACUGCCACUUUAUUUAUUGUUUUGUUUGUAAUUGUGUUUUUAUUAUGUAGAUCUCUUCGAAAUGGCUUGAGCCAUACAGAAAAACUCGACUAGAAGUUAAGAUUAGGCUUUCAAGCACUUUUUACCAGCUGUUAGUGUGGUUUGCUGCCAGUCUUACUGGUGAAUUUCACAAAAUGGGUGCAGUAACUAGGAGGGACAAAGCUGAAAUUCUUAAAAUGUAUUUCAAGUCAUUUGGUUGUUUAACCAAUCAUCCUAAAUGUACAUUAAUACUGGGGUAAGAAUGGAUAAAACCUUAACCUUUAAACCUUAAGAAAAUGCCCCAACCUCAACCCUCACAAAAAUGUAUGGGGAAUGUCUAUUAAAAGUUGGGUUUCUGCCUGAAAAUGGGUAACAAUAAUGUCAAUUUAGUGGUCAAAAAUCAAGCCAGAAUUAUUUCAGAAGCAUGUUGAUGGUCACAGAUAACUGUGGUUCACUGUAUCCUUUGUGUUUUCUCAAAGCACUCGGAAGUUCAGAAAUAUGGAAUUUAAUUGUUAAUUUAAUUAAAUCAAUUUCAGAAAGAAAACUACAGUACAGCUUUGCAUAUUUAUGUUUUUAGGAAGAAAAGUCUCAAAUUAUGAGCCUGAAAUGUGUGCAGUCAAACUUGUGAACAGAACUGUGUGUUUUUUCUAAGCAAUCGUCAAACAUGGCAGUGUCAAAAUGCAAAGCUGUUGUAUCAAAAAUAAUGCAACGUCAUGUUGAGGUAGACAACAAUAAUUAGCCUCACAUAUACCUCAUUUCACUGCAAACCAGGGUCAAAGAUGUGGAGGUUUGUAUGUAGCAGAAAUGCUGUUUAAAAUAUCACGUUUUGUACGAUUAUAUUUAAGCAGGUGUGUUUGGGGGGGAUUUUUUGUACGCGACUCUUGUGUGAACCGCCAUGACGUGUAGCUGACACCAGCCAGUGUUCAAUCCUUUAAGCAUCUCUCAGCUUUAUUUUCCAAUCAGUGUGUCGUUUCUUAUUGUUUACAGACAAUGUACAAAACACUAAACCCAACUUAAUUAUGUCAUUUUUAUUUUACAGUGUUUCAUCCCUACAAAGCCAAAUUUUGUAGCUGGCGUCUACGAAUUUUACAUUUCACGGUCUGUUUGAUGAACUAAAAUGUGACUGAAUGGGGACAAAACAAUAAAAACUGCUGUUACCAUGAA